AUGGACCGCCUGCAUCACGACCUGGCGACGCUACCUGGACUAGCGCCGCUGUCGGCGUCACAGCUGCGCGAUAUGCCGUGGAGAGUCAAGGAGACGGUAUUUAUAGUUCUCUUCCGAGAGCAAGUCUCUUCGGGUGUAGUGGCGGAUGAGCUGCAGAUCAAGAGCAGAGACCGCAAACUUGAGCGCAAGGCUGACAAAUUGCUCAACGACGUAGAUCGAGUCGUGGUGCGGAAAAAGGAGGAAAACUAUCGAGCGGACUUUAUGCAAGUAACAGCUGCGGAACUGGCGAGACUGGGAGCACCAGCGCUAAUUACCUGGCAGAAGCUUGUGUUUGAUAAAGAAUGCUGUGCUCAAGCAUUUCGACUGCUGCUCACGCGGAUCAAAUCGUCGCGACGGAGUGGGGCAAGUGGGGUCAGUACCAAUAGCUCUUCACUACUUGCCGCGCGUUAUGCUGCAUCGCGUCAGAGCACAAGAUGUGAAAGGGACGACGAUGCACAAGACGAUCGUGGCGACAUCCAAGACGACACAGCCGAAGACGACGAAGUUACACGUCGCACGAGGUUUCCUCCAUUAAAACCGACUUCAAAUCGACUUCACUGUCUCUCAGCUACUCGUAAGAAAGACAGCAUCACCUCCCAGUCUUCUUUGAGCAACAAUAACACAGCGUUAGAUUGGAACUUUGACACGACGAUCGAUUCACCUUUCGAACAAGACGAGCUUGAAGUGCGAACAAGUCGUCACCAGACUGGAGCGGGUAUUUCAAUCGAGCGGACACUUCCAAGCAAGCCAUCGUACUUUGCAUCGAAGUUUAAGAAGAACUCGAUGCAGAUUUUACAGGAAGAAAACGCCGCGUUAACGAGCGAGAACGUUAAACUGCGGGAAGAAAUCAAGCAACUAGAGGCUCUAAACGCCGUGCUCCAGUCCGAUAACUCCAACAACGGAAUGCUGGAUGCUCAUCUGGACUCCGUAGAGUUCGCACAGAAGCGCAUGAGACUAUUGCAAGCACAGAACAUGCAGCUUCAGCGACAAGUGAGGCUACUACAAGAGGCGAUGCAGGCUCAUGACAAUGCUGAAACGAAUUUGAUGUGUGCGCUGAACAAUUGGCGCUCUGUAAUUGAAGCUGGGAAGGAAGAAGCUAGAGCUGCUGGCGCCGAACAGAAUACGACUGAACCAGAAGAAACUGGAGCUCGACAGCCGAUCAAGUGGAUGUUGGCUGUACCUGAUAAGCUCAUGAACGAACUGACGCGUGUAGAGGCGCAAAUCCGAGGCACAGCGACCGCUAUGAACGUCUGCUAUGAGUCAAAGCUCCGUGUCAGUGACGUGUCAACCUCAUUUUUACGUAGCCAGGACACGUCGAUGAAGAUGAGUGAGCUCUACACUGGAGCGCCGUUAAGUAUCGCGCAUCUGCGAGUUGAUAGAGUGAAGCAACUAGAGAGUACGCUGGCUGCUGUAUCGACACAACUGGAUGCUCUGAGCGCUCAAGUGCUGCAGCAUUGUCCCCCGAAAGUCUCAACUAUUGACCCUCUACGCUCGAGUGCGUAUGAACUGGGACGAAGUAUACGGGAUUUGCUUCUCGAAGUUGCAGCUUUUGGUGUUGUGGUGCCAACGUCAACUCGAAAUGCAGCAAAUGACGACGGUGUAACAGCUGGAGAUAUUAUGACGACGUUAUCGUCCAGUGCAAAAGGUCUUGGGGGUGGGAAAGAACGCGAGAGACAAGCGAAGACGAUGCUGAAGCAGCUGCAUGCUCGAUAUACUGCUGUUGAGAACGACAUGAUGGCUGCUCGGAGAGAGGCUGAGUACUGGCGAACCGCAUGGUGUACACAGGAUGAGAUUCUGCGUAGGUUGGCCAAACGUGUACACAAUCUUGGCCAGAAGAAAGUGGAGUGGUGUCGACGUUAUUUGUUGGCUCCUAUGGCGAAUUUGUCAGAGGUGUUUACAUCUUUCCAGCAAGUGUACGAUGAGAACACUAGUCGUCAGAAUCCGUACCUGCCGCUGCUAGUGGAGACGUUGAGUAUGGAACAUCCAGUGCUGCAAGAUGCAUUGCAACAAUGGCGAGAUUAUUCAGAUGAUGUUCAAGUGAAGAUGGAUGAGUUAGUAGAAGACUAUGAGGCUAAUCGAAUCGCUCUCCUCUCGUCUACUGAUGGUACACUCUCCAGUACGAGCCAGCAAGUUCCGGUACGCUGA